AUGUCGACCGAUCCCAAGAUCCAGGACCUGCUCAACAAGCCUAAGAGCGAGCUCACUGAAUACGAGGUUUCCCUCGUUGAGGAACAUGAGCUCACUGCCGGUCCUUUGUCUCUUCUCCAAACCGCUACGCGCACACACACCCAAGUCCUGAUCUCCUGCCGGAACAACCGCAAGCUCCUCGCCCGUGUCAAGGCCUUUGACCGCCACUGCAACAUGGUCCUGGAGAACGUCAAGGAGAUGUGGACCGAGAAGCCCAAGGGUGGUAACGGCAAGGGUGUCAACAAGGACCGCUUCAUCAGCAAGAUGUUCCUCCGUGGUGACUCCGUCAUUCUCGUCCUGCUCAGCUGA